AUGGCGAUCGGCUCAAACGCCACGGUCAGCCAGUCGUCUGGUCGCCAACGAGAUGAGAUACCAUACUGCCGUCUGGUAAAUUUUGAUGGGAUCAACGAUGCCCUUUGCGUAGCGGGACUCACGUCCACGCCGGAUGAUGCACCAUAUGCAUUCAACUGGUACGGGGCUAUCCUGAGUUUCCAAGACUUCAAGAACGUCGCUCGGUCGCCUUAUGACUUUCGUCUUCAAACUUUCGGACAUGGGCAGAUUGAGCUAAGCGGUACUGAUGCGGACGUUAUUCACGUGACCUCAUCGCUGUACUUCGUGACGACUUCGAGUGCGCAGCCAAAGCCGUUGAGGAGGCCAAGCAAGGCGCUGAACGAUGCCACGGAGCCCAGCCAAAGUAUGCCACGCAUCUUCCUCCCGGGCAGACCCCAAAGGGGAAGGGCACUGGCAAGGGCAAAGGUGGCAAAGGGAGCGGCAAAGCCACUUCAAGCACAACUGCACACCAGCGCCCGUCCAGAGACGAGGCUGCUCAUCGCAGUUGGACAUGGACCAAUCGCCAGUGGACCGACCAGGAGUGGAAUGAUUGGUAUUCCUCCUCGCUGA